GGAACCUAACUUGGGUCCUUUGCAAGAAUAGCACGCACUCUUAACUGCUGAGACAUCUCUUCAGCCCCAUUUCUCCAAAAUGUUUCUUAAAGCCCCUACAUUUACAGAUAUCUACAAAAACCGUAUCUGUACAUCUGUUAACUAAAAAUUAUCAAGCGAGGUUAGUGUACUGAAAACCGUAGACACAGCCUGCGUGGUGGGCGUGAUCCGGGCACUUAGGGCAGGCAGGAUGAACGCGGCUUCCCAAGAUGGCGACGGAGGGAAGAGGAAAGGAGACGAACGAGAUUAAGACCCAUUUCACCACCCGAGAAGGUCUGUACAGGCUGCUGCCGCACUCGGAGUACAGUCGGCCCAACCGGGUGCCCUUCAACUCACAGGGAUCCAAUCCUGUCCGCGUCUCCUUCGUAAACCUCAACGACCAGACUGGUAAUGGCAACCGCCUGUGCUUCAGUGUGGGCCGGGAGCUCUACGUCUAUAUCUACAAGGGGGUCCGCAAGGCUGCCGACCUGAGUAAACCAAUAGAUAAAAGGAUAUACAAAGGAACGCAGCCCACUUGUCAUGAUUUCAACCACCUAACGGCCACAGCGGAGAGCGUCUCUCUCCUAGUGGGCUUUUCCGCAGGCCAAGUCCAGCUUAUAGACCCAAUCAAGAAAGAAACCAGCAAGCUCUUUAACGAGGAAAGACUAAUAGACAAGUCACGCGUAACCUGUGUCAAAUGGGUCCCUGGUUCGGACAGCCUUUUCCUAGUAGCCCAUUCAAGUGGGAACAUGUACUCGUACAAUGUGGAGCAUACUUACGGCACCACAGCCCCCCACUACCAGCUCCUGAAGCAGGGAGAGAGCUUUGCCGUGCACAAUUGCAAGAGCAAAUCCACAAGGGACCUUAAGUGGACGGUGGGCGAGGGGGCCCUCAACGAGUUUGCUUUCUCCCCAGAUGGCAAGUUCUUAGCGUGUGUGAGCCAGGACGGGUUUCUGCGCGUGUUCAACUUUGACUCAGCGGAGCUGCACGGUACAAUGAAAAGCUACUUUGGGGGCUUGCUUUGUCUGUGCUGGAGCCCAGAUGGCAAGUACAUUGUGACAGGUGGAGAGGACGACUUGGUGACAGUCUGGUCCUUUCUAGACUGCCGAGUAAUAGCUAGAGGCCGUGGGCACAAAUCCUGGGUCAGUGUUGUAGCAUUUGAUCCCUAUACUACUAGUGUAGAAGAAAGUGACCCUAUGGAGUUUAGUGACAGUGACAAGAACUUCCAGGACCUUCUUCAUUUUGGCAGAGAUCGAGCGAACAGUACACAGUCUAGACUAUCCAAACAGAACUCGACAGACAGCCGCCCUGUAAGUGUUACGUAUCGGUUUGGUUCGGUGGGCCAGGAUACACAGCUGUGUUUAUGGGACCUUACAGAAGACAUCCUUUUCCCUCACCAGCCCCUCUCAAGAGCAAGGGCACAUGCAAACGUUAUGAAUGCCACAGGUCUGCCUGCCGGAAGCAAUGGGAGCGCUGUCACUACACCUGGGAACUCUGUGCCCCCUCCAUUGCCACGGUCCAAUAGCCUUCCACAUUCAGCAGUCUCCAAUGCUGCUAGCAAAGGCAGCGUCAUGGACGGGGCCAUUACCUCUGGGGUCAGCAAGUUUGCACUUCUGUCGCUACAUGACCGGAAGGAGAGACACCACGAGAAAGACCGUAAACGAAAUCAUAGUAUGGGACACAUUUCCAGCAAGAGCAGUGACAAACUGAACCUAGUUAAUAAAGCCAAAACGGACCCAGCUAAAACUUUGGGGACAUCCCUGUGUCCUCGGAUGGAAGAUGUUCCCUUGUUAGAGCCACUGAUCUGUAAAAAGAUAGCUCAUGAAAGACUGACGGUAUUGGUUUUUCUUGAAGACUGUAUAGUCACUGCUUGUCAGGAGGGAUUUAUUUGCACAUGGGCAAGGCCUGGUAAAGUUAGUAAGUUUCAACCCUGAAUGCUGCACCAGAUCUAGAACUUGACGAGAUCAGCUGUGAACCAGGGUGACCGUCACAACAGGAGGACUUUGCUCUCCACAGAAGUGUUUCUAGGUGCACUGGCUUCUCUUCUCAAGACUUUCUGCUCCUUGACAUCCUUUGAUAAUAACUCAGGUACAAGAUGCUGUUCUUGGAGCCCAACAUCUCCCUUGUAUGUACAAAUGGAUUCUUCAGUGCCUCUUGUCUUCCUGCUCAGCCAGUACCAACUGUAGAAUAAAGGAGUUUUUAUCCAUCUU